CCGGUUUGAAAGCUUGAAGAUUGUAUACAGCUUGAGAUGAGAUAAGCUAAAGUUUCAAGGUGACGUUGGAAUGCCUGGCUACAGAAUUCCAGCUAUCAGAUAUGGUUCAUGCAGCGAGGUGAGAAGUACAAUAAUGUCACGCUAGAACGACCCCGAACAGCCUUAUGCUUCAUUAGAUUGCUAUCCCAGGAGAAGCGAUCGACAACUGUUCAGGUUAUGAAAUCUCUGUCUCGCGAUAACUCGAUAAAGCACAAUGAUCAUCCUCACUAUUCUACAGACUCGUCCUUUUUACACUGUCGCUUCCUCCCUGACUGUUGCCCAGUCGCCCGAUGAUGUCGGUGGAGAAUGUGGG